CUGGCGGCGGGCGGGACGCUGGGAGUUGUGGUUUUCGGCCGGACUGGUGGGCGCCUAAGGCGAAGGGGACGAGGCGAAUCAAGCCAAUAAGGAGUGGGGGGCGUGGCGAAUCCGGCCAAUAAGGAGCGGGGGGCGGAGCCAAGUGCGGCAGACACCGGCCGGUUUCGGGAGUGGAGCGGGGAGAGCCACCAACCAUGUCAACCGGUCAGGAACCUGUUUUCCCCGAGUAUGAGACUGACACCAGCCAGACGUCAAAGCUCUUAAGGAAAUUUAAAGAGACGCCGUUUGUACCUAUUGGGAUGGCCGGCUUUGCCAUGGUGGUCGGCUACGGGCUGUACAGGCUGAAGCACAGAGGUGAGAUGAAAAUGUCACUUCACCUGAUUCACAUGCGUGUGGCAGCCCAGGGCUUCGUCGUGGGAGCGAUAACGUGCGGUGUGCUGUAUUCAAUGUUUCGGGAGCACCUGAUGAAGCCCAAGGAGGAAAGGAAAACCGACUGAAAACCUCUGUCCUGGUGGUGGCCUGUGUACUGCAGCUGAAAACCUCAUACCGAGGGGGGGCUGAGGAGAAAAAAGAAUAACACAUGGUAUUAGAGAAUUGCCCUAUAUUGAUUUAGUUUUGAUACACUGUCUUGAAGCUGGCAGCUUAAAUGAUUGUGUGCUGGGGGAGCGACUAUAAGGGUCUGGUUCUGAUUGAUGCCACCAUAUCCUACAUUUUAGGGGGCACAGUAGAGCACAAUCGGUUUAUCUUCCCCUCAACUCAGUCCUAAAAUUGGUGACUCCUUUUUGGUGCUCUUGCCCAAAACCACAAAGUCUGAAUCAGCUUCUGUGAGGCCUCAGGCUGCCAGACAGUGUUGAGUGCUUUGCUGUCGUUUUCUAUCUUGUAUAUUUGUCAGCCUCCGGCUUUGUAAUUUAGAAGCUUCCAGCAGCACUAAAUGACUUCUAAAAUAUUGAGAGCGAUAAACAUAUUUUUUUUUUUAUUUAAGGCAUAAGUAUUUAGUACGUUGCAGAUAUUUAAAUGUUAUAUUUAUUCACUGUUAAUGAAGACACAGGCUCCCUAUUUUUACUAUAGAUUUUCAGACUCUUGGAUUACUCUAUUUUGUAACUUUAUUUAUGGUGUUCUUCUGAAUAAUGUUUAAAUGUAACAUUUAAAGUAGACAUUGUGGAAACUAAACCUUGAUUUGGUGUUCUAAUACUUUUAAAGCACAUGAUCUAGCUCUGGUUUUUGCAGUUAUCAUUCCCUAUAGGAUUUUAAAUCUGAAAAGCACCCGUCACACUCAACGAGGUGUUAAAACCCUUCUCUGUGAAUUGCCACUGUUAUUUUACACUCAAACCCCUUGUAUCUCCAACAGCAGCCACAAAAAUAAAUGUCUCGAUAAAGCCAGUUUGCAAAAACCUCCUUUUCUCCUAUCAGCUGACAUUCCACUGUGACAGUAUGAUGUGUCGUUGUAAUAAACACUGCAAGGUACAUACUGCAUCUCUGUGACAUUGUACAGUGCAGUGGGUGAUGAAAUAGGAAUAAAUGUGUGAGCCCUGGAGAUAA